CACCGACAUACAUAUGCCUCGUAUCUAUCUCCCUUCUCCAUGUUGAUCUAUCACAUCCAGUUCCUCGCCACCACCGAGAGCAACAUGUAGAUCCAACAAACAAACAAACACCAGCCUUGGCAUGUUUGUUUCUCCAUAUCCGCGGCCGCAACUUCGGCUUCAAUUCUGCCAAAUCCAGCUAUCGCCGCUGAGGAUGCGCGAGCAAUCUAGCUAAACCUCAUCUCACCACUACAAUCCCUCCCGCAAACCCAACCCCGAAUCCAAAGCUCCAAAAUGCUCCGCCCAACCCUCCGCACCCUCCCCUCCACCCUCAAAUCCCUCACCACCACCCGCCUCCACUCCACAACAACAACAACAGCAACCACAUCCGUCUCCCCCAAUGAACUCUCCCACUUCUCCUCCCUCGCCAGCUCCUGGUGGGACCCCCAAGGUCCCUCCCGCGUCCUGCACCUCAUGAACCCCGUCCGCCACGACUUCAUCGCCUCAUGCCUCGCCGAAUCCACCCCCAUAACCACCAUCCCCUCUACCCCGACCGACGCCCCGAAACGCAACACCCUCCGAUACCUCGACAUCGGCUGCGGCGGCGGUAUCUUCGCUGAAUCCCUCGCGCGCACGAUUCCCACCACUACAGACCCAGCAUCCAGUACACCGACGCGCACGCGCGCGGCGGAAAUCACGGCGCUCGAUCCGAGUUCUACGCUGAUUAAGAUUGCGAGGGAUCAUGCGCGGUUAGAUCCUGUCGUGGAGGGACAUUUGGAGACGGGGAGGUUUAAGUAUGUCAAUUCGACGCUGGAGGAGUAUAUUCCUACCCUUACAUCCACUACCACCACACCCACCUCAACUACAAACGGUAGUCAGGAGGGAGGGAAGAAAUUCGACGUGGUAACCCUCUUCGAAGUCAUCGAACACAUUGACAACGUGCCGGGGAGCAUCACACCGCAAGGCUUCCUCUCCUCAUGUUUAUCGAUGGUCAAGCCAGGCGGAUGGUUAAUCGGGUCUACGAUUGCGCGGACGUUUCCGUCGUGGAUUGUUAAUCAGGUGAUUGCGGAGGCGCCGUGGCCGGUUGGGGUGGUGCCGAAGGGCACGCAUGAGUGGAGUAAGUUUGUCAAUCCGGGGGAGUUGCAGGCGUGGGUGCAGGAGGGGUUGAUGAGGGGGGCGGAUGGAGGGGCCAGGAGGGGAGGCAGUGAGGUGUUGGAGGGGAUGAGUUGGAGGUGUGAGGGGGUGGUGUAUUUUCCGGGGUUGGGGUGGAAGAUUGUGAAGGGGUCGGAGAGUUGGGGGAAUUAUUUUUGGGCGGUUAGGAAGGGGGUUUAG